AUGGUGUACUUGGGCAAGCCCUCUCGGGGCUGCCAAAUGUGCCGGACUCGGAGGAUCAAGUGUGAUGAGACAAGGCCUACUUGUAACCAAUGUGCAAAAUCACGCCGCCAAUGUCCUGGUUACAGGGAUGAUUUCGACAUCAUCCAUCGGAACGAGACUGCUGCCACUGAACGGAGAGCGAGGAAAGCUACCCAAAAGCUCGUAAUCUCUGCCAAGGCUGCUCCUCUAGAUCGCCGCGCCUCGGCGACGUCAACCGAUUCCGACAAGGAUCGUAGUAACUCGCCAGCUUCUGCGACAUCGUCAUCGUCUUCAUCGUCUUCAUCGUCUUCAUCGUCCUCAUCAUCUUCAUCGCCAACCGUCGACGCUAUUGUGCGGGCUCUGAAUAUCCCCAUCGACUACCACGCCACCUGCCAUUUCGUAUCCAACUUCAUUCUCGUACCUCACCAGGAUGGCUCGAGAGGCUUCAUGCAUUUCGUCAUACCCCUGAUGAAGGCGGCAGGUCCCGAAAGCCCCAUCGCCCACGCCUUCAGCGCCUGCGCCUAUGCGUCUCUAGGAAAUCGCCCGAAUGUGCGCGGGAAGCAGAUUCCGCUGCAAGCCAUCGUUCAGUAUCACCGUGCCCUCAAAUCUCUUCGAUUAACACUCGCGGACAAGGAGGCGUCUACAUCCGAUGCCACGCUGUGCGCAGUUUUGCUCCUAGCUCUGUACGAGAACCUUACGUCGAGAGAGAUGACUAUGGGCAUUUGGGCUAAGCACGUUGAGGGGGCAAUUCAGAUAGCAAAGGCCCGCGGACGCGAGCAGCUGCGGACCCGGAGGGGCCUUCUUCUUUUCAUCACCAUUGUACAUUCCAUUGCGUCGGGGCAGCCACCUGCAAUGGGAGUCGAUUGGUGGGUAAUGGACGCGGUCAACGACAGAUUUGCGACCGAGUCUCAACAUCUCGGCAUCCAAGUAGGGGCUCUGAGAGCCGAGGUGACCAAGCUGAUGACUGCCAAUGUGAAGAGCCCCGAGGUCAACAAACUUAUCCAGGAAACGAUCGAACAUAUUCACGCCAUCGAGCGUCGCUUGGACGAGUGGUUUGAGCGCUUGCCGGGGUAUUGGCAUCACAAGACAGUAGCGUGGGACGACCACGUUCCGGAUGGGGACUAUGCCAAGGCAGAAGUGUUUCCGGGAAGGGUUGACGUAUACCGAGAUUUCUGGAUCGCGAGCGUGGUGAACAUGGCGAGGGUAAGCCGCGUAACGUUGGCAUCCACCUCGGUCCGCUGCGCAGCCUGGCUCUGUUCCCCCGCGAAUUAUCGCACGACCCCCGAAUAUGCCACCGCCGCCCGGACUUGCGCCGAGGCCAUCACCGAUAUCAUAGCGUCUGUGCCUUAUCACCUUGCUUGGCAUCUGAAACGCCCCGAUUUGAUGAGACGGGCGAAUCUCUCCGGGUUCGCGUGCGGCGAAGAAGAUUCCCAAAAGGGCCUUGCCGGUUAUUUCCUCACUUUCCCGCUGGCGUGCGUUCAGAACUCGGACUUUUGCACGGAUGCGCAGCGCGCGUGGGUUAGGGGACGGUUGCGUUACAUUGCGGAUGAGCUGGGCGUUUUCUAUGCUCACACGAUAGCCAACCUCGAUGUCCGCCUACCCUCCAUGCACAUCCAACGAGACUGCCUCCUCGCCAAGCCCUUCCCAGUUGGCCAUAACUUUGAAAAGAUACUGUCAUCAAGGCAAUCUCAAGCCUCCCCCAAGUAUCCCCUUGACCCGUGGCAGCAAAUGGAAGCGCUACGGAAGGAAUUCGUCCAGCAGAAGAAGGCGGAACUCCUCGCAAAGGCUACUGGCGGCGCCGGUGAGGCCGUCGAGGAUUAUGCGCAGAUGGUCUUGACUGUAUAG